UCUCUGAUCUUCUUCUACUUCCUAUCGAGUGCCACAGGGGUCUCCAUGGACUAUGGCAUCAGCCCUAAGUUUGUGUGCACCCCGAUCCCUCCUGAGGCUGACCCGAGCUGCUACUCUCCUCCCUCUGUGCCCCCUGGUGGUGGCUCGGGGAGUAGCUCCAGCAGUGGUUGGAGCAGCUUCAUGUCGGAGGAGGCCAAAUCCACCAUUCUGCAUCUGCGCGAGAGUCUGGUGCGUCAGAAAGAGACCAUUCUGGACCAAAGGGAAACCAUUCGAGAGCUAACGGCUAAGCUAACACGGUGCGAAGGCGGUUACCAGGACAACCACCAUUACACGCACCACAGCAACCAUCAUGACAGUCGCCAUGAUGACCAUCACAGCAGUCACCAUGACGAACAUCAUGGAAGUCACCAUGAUGACCGUCACGACAACCAUCAUGACAGUCACCAUGACAACCACCACAGCAACAAUCACGACAAUCACCAUGGUCCCUCGGGUUACCAUAGCGGUGAUCAUCACUAUUACCAUGGCAACUACCGGACCAGCUCAAAGUUCACUAACUUUUCCCCAGAACAAACAAGCAAAACUCUGCAGACACUGAAGGAGCGACUCGAGAGUCUGCAGGCACGUAAUUCGAGCAGCUUGUACUCCAGCUCCCUGAGGGACCUGCUCCAGAGGAAGAUCCACGCUUUGGAGGAACAGUUGCACGAGUACUACCAUGAUCACCAUGACGACCAUCACGAUAGUUACCAUGACCAUCACACUGGUUAUCAUGACAACCAUCAUAACAGUCACUAUGAUGACCAUCACUAUGACACCCAUCAUAACGGUCACCACGAUGACCAUCAUUAUGACAAUCAUCACGACACUCAUCACAGCGACCGCCAUGACACAAACCAUGGUUUUGGCCACUACACCAGCCACAGGGGUCGCGAUGACAACCAUCACAGUGGUCACCAUGACGACCAUCACAGCGGUCCCCACGAUAACCACCAUGACGACCACCAUGAAAACCACCGAUACAGUCACUACAACAGCCAUCAUGGACGUCACGACACUCCCCAUGAGAGUCAUGGCCGACAUCACAACUCCCACAGUCGGCACCAUGAUGAUCACCAUGACGAUCACCAUGACAAUCACCAUGACAACCACCAUGACAGUCACCAUGACAACCACCAUGACAGCCACCACUAUGAUCACCAUGAUGGUCACCAUGAUGGUCACCAUGACAAUCACCACUAUGAUUACCAUGGCAACCGCCAUAACAGUCACCAUGGCAACCGCCACAGCAAUCAUCAGUACAGUCACCAUGGCGAUCACCAUUAUGACCGCCACAAUGAUCACCGAAACGACCAUCAUUAUAGAGACCACUAUUUCGAAUAUCACAAGGACCACCGCAGUGAUCACCGUGAGGAUGACCAUGACAAUCACCAUGAUGAUCACAACAACGUUGACAAAGACCAUACCGAUAAAGACCAAGCCAAAGACCAUCACUCAGGUCACAGAAAACUGGAGGCUGUACUGAACCACCUGCACCUCUCAGGAGACCCACUUCCAAAGCUGCAGAGUCCUAGUGCGUUUCUGCUGGACUUCCCCCUAAGGACUAACUAUAUGUAUGGACGAAUGAAGCGCUCUGUGGUCCAUGAGCUCUUUGCUCUGACCGUGUGUCUGUGGAUCAAACCAGGGGCAGGGCCUGGCCUCGGGACUCCCUUCUCCUAUGCCAUCCCAGGACAAACCAACGAACUGGUGCUCAUCGAGUGGGGCAGCAACCCAAUGCAACUGCUCAUCAAUGACAAGGCGGUGUCUCUGCCCCUCUCUCUGUCUGAUGGUAAAUGGCAUCACGUGUGUGUGACUUGGGCCACGCGUGACGGAGUCUGGGAGGUGUUCCAGGACGGACAGAAGAGGGGCGCGGGCCGGGACCUGUCGCCUUGGGAAGCAGUGAGACCGGGAGGGGUCUUCAUCUUGGGACAGGAACAGGAUGAUGUUGGGGGGCAUUUUGACGUCACUCAGUCUUUUAUGGGACAAAUGUCAGGCCUGCAUCUCUGGUCCAGAGUCCUGACCCCUGCAGAGAUCCAGAGCCAGGCCACAUGUUCGGGGCACCUGGAGGGGGACGUCUUGUCCUGGACCCAGGAGGAGGUGGAGCUGCAUGGAGGACUGGCCGAGCUCCAACAUGAACUCUGCCACUGA